ACUCCUCUUUAUCUCCCUCCCUCUUGUUCUCUCUCUCUUACCUCACUACUCCUUGUCUCUUUUUCUUGCUCAUCCAUCCCUCUACUCUUCUAGAGGGUUGUUGUAUCGUCUGAUCUUAUUCUCAGUCGUUUUCUCUCUUUUCUCCGUCACUUUUCUGUUCGGCUUCCUUUUGUGGCCUUCACUCUUCGACUUUCUAUCAAACCACAUCCAAAAACAACAAAAGCUCAUCAUGUCUUCCUACAACGGCGGCGGUGGCGGCGGCUACCAGCGUGAUUCUUACCGCUCCCGCGGCGGCGGUGGUGGUUACGGCAACGGCGGUGGCUACAGCGGUGGUGGUAGUGGUGGCUACGGUGGAGGUGGUUACGGUGGUGGUUAUGGCGGCGGUGGCGGCUAUGGCGGUGGCCGUGGAGGCGCUGCUGGCGGUGACAGAAUGUCCAACCUCGGCGCUGGCCUGAAGAAGCAGGAAUGGGACAUGGAUGCCCUCCCUAAGUUCGAGAAGUCCUUUUACAAGGAGCACCCCGAUGUCGCUGCUCGUUCCCAGCGCGACGUCGACGAGUUCCGCAAGAGCAAGGAGAUGGCCGUUCAGGGCAAGAACGUGCCCCGUCCCGUUGAGACCUUCGACGAGGCCGGUUUCCCUCAGUACGUCCUGAGCGAAGUCAAGGCUCAGGGCUUCGACCGUCCCACUGCCAUUCAGUCCCAGGGUUGGCCCAUGGCUCUCUCUGGUCGUGAUGUCGUCGGUAUCGCCGAGACUGGUUCCGGAAAGACUCUUACCUACUGUCUGCCUGCUAUCGUUCACAUCAACGCUCAGCCUCUGCUCGCCCCCGGCGACGGACCCAUUGUUCUCAUUCUCGCGCCUACCCGUGAAUUGGCUGUUCAGAUCCAGGCCGAAAUCUCCAAGUUUGGCAAGUCUUCCCGUAUCCGCAACACCUGCGUCUACGGUGGUGUGCCCAAGGGCCCUCAGAUUCGCGAUCUUAGCCGUGGUGUCGAGGUCUGCAUUGCCACUCCUGGUCGUCUGAUUGAUAUGCUCGAGGCUGGUCGCACCAACCUUCGUCGUGUCACCUAUCUCGUUCUGGACGAGGCGGAUCGCAUGCUGGACAUGGGUUUCGAGCCUCAGAUCCGCAAGAUCAUCUCUCAGAUCCGCCCCGAUCGUCAGACCUGCAUGUGGUCCGCCACCUGGCCCAAGGAGGUCCGCCAGCUUGCGUCUGAUUUCCUCAACGACUAUAUCCAGGUCAACAUCGGUUCCAUGGACCUCUCUGCCAACCACCGUAUCACUCAGAUCGUCGAGGUCGUUUCCGAGUUUGAGAAGCGUGAUCGCAUGAUCAAGCACCUUGAGAAGAUCAUGGAGAGCCGUGGCAACAAGUGUCUCAUCUUCACUGGUACCAAGCGUAUCGCUGAUGAGAUCACCCGCUUCCUUCGCCAGGACGGAUGGCCCGCCCUUUCGAUUCACGGUGACAAGCAACAGCAAGAAAGAGAUUGGGUUUUGAAUGAAUUCAAGACGGGCAAGAGCCCGAUCAUGGUGGCUACCGAUGUGGCUUCCCGUGGUAUUGGCUAUGUCGGUCUCCUGAAUGGUUCUCAAGCCAGGAGAACCUUGGACUCACAGUGCAGUGUAGCAGAAGUUACUAGUAUCUCUGUUUUGAUUCACCCGUCUACAACUUGUGAACUCGAAUCCGAUGUUCGCGACAUCACCCAUGUGCUGAACUAUGACUACCCCAACAACUCGGAGGACUACGUUCACCGCAUUGGUCGUACUGGUCGUGCCGGUAACAAGGGAACCGCCAUCACCUUCUUUACCACUGAAAACUCUAAGCAGGCUCGUGACUUGGUCACCAUUCUUACUGAGGCUAAGCAGCAGAUUGAUCCCCGUCUUGCUGAGAUGGUUCGCUACAGCGGCGGCGGCGGCGGUCACCACGGUGGCCACGGUCGCUGGGGUGGCCGUGGCCGUGGCCGUGGUGGUAACUACACCGCGUCCAACGCUGCUCCCCUCGGCGGCAACCGUCGCUGGUAAAUUGUUCCUGAUGCCCAGUUCAGUCGCUGAGCUUGUAUCCCUUUUUCACACUGGUAGACCUGCUUUCCCUUCCGUCUUUGCGUGCGCACGAUAAUUCGGUCUUGUUUUCCCUUCGUAACUCGGUACGGGCGGCGUUCGUCGAUAUCACGAUAGACUUUUACGUUACGUUUUUAAACCAUAUAGGUGACGCUUUGGUUCACUUGGAUCCGAGGUCGUCGAUUACACCCCCUUUGUGGGUAUGCGUUAAUCUUUGUUUGAUGCUGUGUUUUAUCACAAAAGUUAUGUUACUGGCUUGUCAUGCAGCGGCUGGUUUAGAUAGUGUGUAACUAUAUCUUUUGCAUACUGAUAACUGGAAUAUACUUCUGGUGUAAUCAUGAAAUGACAACCCUCAUAUGAGGAUAAAUUCGUCG